GUCCAACCCGCUGAUUUCACUUGGGCGUCAUGGGCAUUGACUGCCGUUCCUUGCGCCCAUGGGGAUGAACUCAAGGUGGCCUGGGCUGUCGCUGAGUUGAUGCAUUGAAGAGAACCCCAGCUACUUAAAAUACACUACCCCGGCGCCUGAGAGGGUCAUGGGAAGCUCCUCAGGUCUUUGUAUCCGAACUUCCCAUGACUGGCAACUGGCUACUGGCUCCUCUGCCUCUUUGCACUUUCUGACAAGGUCCUUUGUCUCAUUCCAACGUCUUCUGUGUUCACUGCUGUGCGAAGCGGGAACCGUUGGUCGAUGCCCUCGCCAACCACAUCGCAUCCCCCCAGUACCGUGCCACCACGACCAUUUCAUCUCCUCCACCACACUCCUGCGACAUCCUGCCCCUCCGACGCGAGACAGCCAAAAAAAAGCAUAUCACGAUCAGCUCCCCGCCCCCUCUCAACACACCCGCCCGUGCAACAUCCAGGGUGCUGCGAAAAAGCGCCCACGACCUAGCGUCGAACACCUUCUUAGCAGUCGCCCGAAGCUCUCAGUUAGCUCUCCCCAGACCUCCGCACUGCGACCAAAUCGGCACAGUACCAAUCCGGCUACUCCAACCACGGCUCCAACCAAGGCUCCAGCCCAAUUCCUGGGUUCGCUACCGCAUUCUGGCCUGAGCUGAGCCGUCAGAUCACCAUCAUCGUCGCAAUUGCUGGUGGUCACAGACUAAACGGCCAGACUUUUACUUGGGGGUGUGUAUUAACGCCUGCCCGCCAUCCCACCCCUCAUUG